AAAGGGGGGGAAGAAGAAACAUCCAAUAGGACCUUUCGAAAGUUCUGACCAAAACUCGAAUUUCCAAACCCCGAAAGCUGUGAAGGCGACGGCACAAUUGACAUAGGUCGGCCGGCCGCAAAAUAAACAAGCCAAUAAACAAUACGACGAAUCGAGAACGAAACAAGAGAACUGUUUGUCUAUCAAUUAUCAUCUCGUAUAUAUCAUCUGUAGUUUUUCUCGUUAUAAAAAGGCCAAAAAUUCGAUGCAUUUCGUCACAACCGAAACCUUGAUCGAGUCAGGUAUCCGAUAGACUCCGCAACUCCUUCGGAUUAGGGAGCCAGUGGCUUGAGAUCGCCACCCUCCUGAUUGCACUUAGCGAUUUUUACAGCCAUUCUUCAAUGCCACUUCUGUUCCCACCGACCGCGAUCUCUGAAUCCUAUUGCAUCAUGGAGAAGUCAGCGAAGCCAGAGGUGGGCGAUAUACUGGUAGUCAUUCAUGACUUCCUGGCCCGAAGCUCCGACGAAUUGAGUUUAAAAAAGGGCGAUCGCGUUGAAUUGAUUGAGCGCGACGACGAAUUUGGUGACGGCUGGUUUCUAGGUCGUCAUUUGGUAAAUGAGAAUAGUGGCUUGUUUCCUGAAGUUUAUACACGAUCAGCCCCUAAAGGGGGUGUUGCGCCCAAACCGAUCGCAAAUUCAAUAUCCACCAAUGGAGCAGAUGCUAUUCCCGGUCAAAGUCGAGAUCGCAACUCAAUUACACAGCCUAUUUCUGCGAUUCCAGCCGAUGCUAAUCCCAUAACCCUGCCGUUGAACUCUACCAAAUCUGAAGGGAAAUCAGCGCCCGCAUCUACUUCCCUUCUUACUAGCAAAUUCAAUUACGGUUCCAGUAACGAAAGUCCAAAUCGCCUCGGGAUACAGAGCCAAGAGAACCCAGUCCUCCACGAGACUCUGACAGUUAUCGACGAGCAUAUCACCGACUUGCACUCAAUUCCUCCAAAUGGCGUACUUCAUCAUGCGACAGAUUCUGGAAGCGAAUACAGUUCUCACCACCCCGAUCGACUUUCAUAUAUUCAGGGCGAAGAGACUGACGAAGAGGAGGAUAUAUUACAUACCCGCUCUGAAGUGGAAAGCUGGAAUGCCGAUAAUGUAGCAGAGUAUCUAUUUACGGUUGGCGUAGAGAAGAAGCACUGUGAAGUUUUUCGCGACCAGGAAAUAUCAGGUGAAGUGAUCCUAGGAAUGGACCAGUCAUCGUUGUUUCUUAAGGCGUUCGAUCUGGGUUCCGUAGGACGAAGGCUGAAGACGUGGCAAAAAGUAAAGGCUCUACAGGACGAAGUGAAUGGUCUUGGAACGACCACAAGACGAAACACGCAGACGUAUAGCAGCGAAGCAGGAUCAGAGAACGGUAGAACGAGGAGCAGGACGAACACCCUGACAAAUUCCCAGAGGUCUAUUCCAACCGAAAGUCGACCAGGCUCUGUUCACGCAAAGCGCCUAUCGCAGUCAACAAGACUAGACCCCUUGGCCCCACUGUCCCCCAUUUCGCCCAAAAGCAACCAAGACAAUUCCGCUUCACACUACAGGAGACCCUCAGCGGCCUCCGUUCGAGAUCUCCAUCACUCGCGACGGCAUUCGUCAACCGAUUUUAGACUUGCGCCACCAGGAAACAACGGGACCCCGAGGCUUGCAUCCUCGGGUACAUUUCCGCAGAUCGAUUCUACGCAUAGAAAGCAGCCAUCAUUUGACCGUAAUUGGACUAUGGGUGCAGCCUCUGCACCCCCACCACGACCACUUUCAUCGACUGGGCUGCACGACAUUGUAAACACUUCUGAUCCAGAGCUUAUGCAACAUACACCUCCUGACUUUGAUCGUGGGUAUUUUUCUGGCACCGAAGUUGAUGGACGAAAGCGGAACGUGCUUAAGAAGCGCGACAGCACCGCAUCGCAUUCGCACAAGUCAAGUUAUACGGAACAGCAAAGAGUAAGAAGUGCAACAGCUAUCUCGCGGCGCUCCAGAUUUGGUAGCAUGGAUUCUACCAGAGACGCAACCCCCCCAAGCGCCGCACAGUUGUAUUACGGUCUCGCUGGCGACCAUCGGCGGACAAAUUCCACAAAUACCAUAGAAUCGUUACGGCCUAUUCCUCCUGCCAAAGACGGUCCGAGCCCAACAGUCACCAAGCUAGAUCACCCUUCCACGGCCUUACAGCCAAACCGGGGGGGGAUUCACGGCGAUUGGAUCUCAAAUGCUGGAAGCAAAUUAGGCAGUCUGAGGGCUAUUUCUGAUGCUAUGGUCGGCAAUGGAAAACUUGGUUCCCCAACAACGGACGCCCCUGCCCAAGCUUCGCCGAUGCGAUCACCAUCUAGGGCUGGGUCAAGUACGCCUUCUGGUAACCUGAGUUUCGAAAUUGAUAAUCCAGACAUAAAUAAAAGCCCAUAUUCUACCGCUACUUCUGCGAGUCGUAAAAGUGCAAAGAAAACAAAGAAAGAGACGAGUGCUUAUCAACGUGGGUUGCUGAAGAUUCCACCACGAGAAGCUAUUCAAGGUGCCGACUAUAGUGGGUGGAUGAAGAAGAAGAGUUCUCACUUGAUGACAACGUGGAAACCGCGACUCUUUGUCCUCAAAGGACGACGUCUCUCAUACUAUUACUCAGAAGACGACACAGAGGAGAAGGGCCUGAUCGAUAUCUCCUUUCAUCGCGUUCUACCAGCAGACAAUGAAAGACUGACAGGCCUGCAUGCUACUCUAACGGGUGCUAGUAACACCCCGAUAAUGCCGGCGGAUAGUAAUCUCCCAACCCUUGCGGACAACACUACUGUCUCUCCUGCUGAAAAGGGUACCGACUCGAUGUUCAUCUUCAAGCUCAUGCCACCACGAGCAGGGCUUUCCAAGGCCGUCAAUUUUACCAAGCCCACCAUUCACUACUUUGCGGUUCCAAAUCUGCAGCAAGGACGAACAUGGAUGGCUGCUCUGAUGAAGGCUACCAUUGAUCGUGAUGAUGCUCAGCCUAUGACAAGCACCUACCAACAAAAGACCAUCUCUCUCGCUAAGGCCCGUGCGAUGCAACAGCGACCACCGGCGCUUAUGAAUCUUGAUGAGCAGAUUGAGGAAGGCAUUAAGAACGAAGAGAAGAAGAACGGCUUGGGAAUCUCGUUUGGGGAGGUUGAUAGUGCAAUCUCUGGUCUUGAGAAGCUUGGCCUCUCACGAGUUGAUACCGCGACUACCAAGUCAACUAUCGACAGUGAGAAGAAUGAUGGCCGCACAUUCGUGUCUCCUCCUCAGAGCGCUUAAUGAUACCCUUUUUUUUUUCUCGCGCCCUACGAAUUAGACAAUCUGUCACCUAAUUUAGGCAUUCCGAAUUGAACCACCACUACAUCGUCGUCCUUAUUGCUUUACCCUGAAGCUGCUACUAAGCUAUUCAUACUUUGCAUGAGUUACCAGUCUGAAGAAACGGUUUACCAACAUUAUCUAUUUAUCAGAUUCUUUUGGCAAGGGUUUGGCAAAGUCCAAGCCCACAAUCUCAUACCAAUUUUCCUUUGCCUUUAGCGUGUAAUUGUCAUUUCUCCCCCUAAUUAACCCCCCCUUCCCCGCAUCGAUACCUCAGCUACGCGAACGAAGCAAAGACAUGGAUUCCACGAUUAGCCUAGUUCUCCUUUAUUCUUUUCUUUUUCGAUCAUAAG